UAAAUUGAGAUGUCUGUUUGUUCUUUUUCAAUUUACAGCAACAUUUGGUUGUCGCGUUUAAAUUAUUUUGCAAAUAUUGCUGAAUAAAGUUUUUAUCUGGCAGAUUGUCAACUGGGUACUGGCAACUCUCUAAACGUAAUGGUCAAUAUAGUUUAACCUUGUGCAUGAACAAUUCUAAGAUUUGUACAUUAAAAAACCACAAUUUAUCGUACCAGACGUGAUUAGGGACUAUUCAAUAUGGUCGUAGGGGCAUUUCCAAUUGCAAAACUAUCAGCUUUACUGAUUAAACAAAUAAGUAAACCUAUUGCAAAUGUUUGCAAAGAACGAGCCAAAAAUAAUCCUUUUUUCAGGACUUAUGUUUGUAUGCCUCCAGCCCAAUUUUAUAACUGGUGUGAAGUUAAAGCAAAAAUGUGGAUUCUAAACUUGGGCAAGCCUGUGAACAUACCAGUUCUCAGUCAAGAAAUGGCCAUAGAACUUGGAGCCAACCUUCUUGGUGAAUCAGUUAUUUUCGUUAUUGGUGCUGGUCUCUUAUUGUUUGAAUACAACAGGCAGAGUAAAAAGGAAAGUGCAAAGGAAGCCAAGAGAGAAGAAGAAUCCAAACACAUUGCUGAUACAAUCACUGAUUUGUACUUCACUGUUCAAAGACAGCAAACACAACUUAGAGAAAUGGAGAGAAUUAUUUAUUCUAUUAGUGGACAGAAACCAACAGUUCCACCUCCUACCCUUCCCAAGGAACCACCAGUGUUGGCCCCACCAGCAAUAGCUCCUCCGCAACCAACAAAACCUGAGUGUGUUAAUUAUGAUAGAUAUGACAGUGUGAUUGUAACAGCUACGCCUUACCCUAACAAUGGUUUGAUACUUCAGUCUCUAAACUAUAUCCAAAUGGAUGCCUUUAGUUCUCUAUUCCCCAACAACCACAGUAAUAAUGUGUUAGUUGAGGAAAAGAAUACCAAAACUGAAGAAAAAGCAUUUAAUCCUAAAAGAGAAUCUGCAAUUCUUUCAGAAGCGUUACACAACAUAGAAAAUAAUUUUAGAAGUUUGUUUUAAAUUCUGUGAUAACUGUAUAUACCAACUUGCAGUAUAAGAAAGUGUUUACAGUAGAUGUUUCAGCUAAUUUUUUUGAGAACUUUUCUUUAUGUUUACUGAAUCAAGGAAAAUGUAAAUGUAACUGCAAAAGUAUAUUAUAUUGUAUUUUUUUUUGUAAUAUGGGGCAGUAUUUAUGUGAGACAGACUUAGUAAGUAAUUUAUUGAAUAUUUUGUAUUGUUAUGUAUAUAGCCAGUAUGUACACAUAUACAUUUCUCCAUAUAAAAGGAUAGAUAUAUAUUGUAUUCUAUGUCACAAACAACAUUUGAAUUGGCUGCUUUUAGGAAGCGUUUUGUACUUGUCAUUAUUGGUACUAAGUUUGUUUUUGUAUAUUUUAGCAUUUAAGUACCUGAAUAUAUUACAACUGUUUAACAGAAAUAAAGUAGGCAUCAAGCAGUAAGUAAA